GUCCACCAUCAUUCUGCAAGGCUUGAAUUGUGGCCCUAGGGACUUGUGCUCUGAAAAGGGUACAGUCUAGAUGUUGCAUUAUGGCUCCGUCACCGGUUACAGAAGAUUAUUACGCGAUCCUCGAAGUGGAACAGACUGCCAGGCCCGAGCUGAUCACCAAAUCCUACAAACGAUUAGCGCUGAAGCUCCAUCCAGACCGGAACCCCAAACGCAAUGCUACCGAAGCUUUCCAAAUGCUUGGACAAGCCUACGAGACAUUGAAGGACGAAAACACGCGCCGAGCAUACGAUCUCCUCUAUCCCUCCAUAAUAGCAAGUCGCAACUCUUCUCAAAGCAGCCAAACACCCCACUCGCCUACCGCUUCCGCAUCGCAAUCAGAUGCAGUCGACGCGACGCAAAUUGCCGCGCUCCGAAAGUCGAAGCAAGAACGUGCUGCACGAUGGCGGUCCAAGAAGGGCAUCCUUGAUGCGUCGAUUUUUGAAAUGCAGAGAGCUAUUCGGCGGCUACAGCAGGAAAUCAAGAACCUGGAGAGCAUUCUGGCUGCUGAGGAUGCGGCUGAGAGACAGAAGAAUAGUUGGACAACAUGGCUGCUGUCACCCAUAUACAAAAAGAGAGAAGAUAGUGAAGAGGAGAAGGCAUGUAAGGAUAGAAAGAGACAGGAAAGGAGAAUCGAAAAAGAUAUGAAGGAGCGGCGACUGUCUAUGAAGUCGGCGGAAAUGAAGACAGAGCAAACUCUACUGAGAAUGGCGAAGGAGGAGGUCGAUGCUGCAGACCUCAGCGAUGACAGGAAGAUACAAGUCAUUCAGAGUAGGAUGUCUUUCAGGGAAGACCGGCGGAGGCAAGAGAGGGAGAAGGCAUAUAUGGAGAGAAUGGCAAAUGAACGGAGACAGCAGCAGGAAACUAAGAAAAGAGAGGAGGAAGCGGCAGAGGCUUUGAGGAAAAAACAGGCGGAGGCGCGAGCAGCAGAACAGAGACGAUAUGAGGAAGCAGAGCGGCAGAGGAUCAUCGAAGAAAAUUUAAGAAGAAACCGGCAACACACCACAUAUUCCGACUUCGCCAGGGGAAGCACAGCAGCCUGCCACCAUGGCGGCUGGUGGGCAAAAGUUCAAGGCCGUACAGCAUGCCCAAAGUGCCAGGAGAGUUGGACUUAUCUGCUGCAGUGUCCAAGCUGUGAGAUGAAAGCAUGCCCGAGGUGUCAAGCUGCAAUACGACCGAGAAGGAAUCGAGGAGGACCGCGAGUCAGGAUACCGAGCCCGAAUGUUGGUUUCGACGACUUCUGGUAACUUGAGCCUGUGGCAGGAAAUUGGAAAGAAUGUAAAUCAAAAUUAUGACAGCAAAUCCGUUCUCGCACAAUCUACUGCCUGAAUCGUCCCACAAAA